AUGGAGGAGAGAACGUUUCUCGCUUUGAUGGUCUUUUCCUCACUUGUAAUAUUAGCAGAAACUAUUGCUCAAAAGCAUGCUAUUGAAAUCUACAGUCUCCACGUGGACUGCAAGGUCACAUCACGAUUUGCUCACACUGUUAUCACCAGCAAAAUUGUCAACCGAGCUAAUGAGUCCAGAGAGGCCACCUUUGAAGUGGAGUUACCCAAGACGGCCUUCAUCACCAACUUCUCCAUGUCCAUCGAUGGUAAAGUAUACCCAGGAAUAAUAAAGGAGAAAGCUUCUGCUCAAAAGGAAUAUGACACUGCCGUCUCACAUGGGCAGAGCGCCGGCCUCGUCAAAAUCACAGGCAGAAAACUGGAGCAGUUUCACGUUUCCGUCAGCAUUGCAGCCGCCAGCAAAGUCACUUUUGAGCUGAUGUACGAGGAGCUGCUGAAGCGUCAGCUGGGGAAGUUCGAGCUGCUGAUCAAGGUCCGACCGAAGCAGCUUGUUAAGCACUUCCAGAUUGAUGUGCACAUCUUUGAGCCUCAAGGCAUACGCUUCUUGGAGACAGACAGCACGUUCAUGACAAACGAGUUAACUGAGGCGCUCACAAAAGUGCAGAAUGAGACCAAGGCUCAUAUUUUAUUUAAGCCAACUGUAGAUCAACAGAAGAUAAAUCCUGAACUCGAUGAAACCCUCCUCAACGGCGAUUUUGUUGUGCGUUAUGAUGUUAAGAGAGAUGUCACUGCAGGUGAUAUACAGAUUGUCAAUGGAUAUUUUGUGCAUUACUUUGCACCCCAUGAAAUGCCAGUGUUUCCCAAAAAUGUCAUCUUUGUUAUAGAUCGAAGUGGCUCCAUGGCAGGCAGAAAAAUUGAACAGACGAGGGAUGCCCUGUUGAAGGUUUUGCAAGACCUCCGGCCAGAAGAUCAUUUCAGCUUUAUCACCUUUAACAACAAAGUGGCAGAGUGGAAGAGCUCUUUGCUGCAAGCCACUGCAGAGAACGUAGCGAGUGCUGCAGGAUUCGUGCAAACUCUUUCUGCUAGUGGAGGCACAGACAUCAAUCGUGCCCUGCUGACUGCCGUAAGCGUACUGGAUAAAUCCGAGAGGCUGCCAGAACGGAGCGUCUCCAUGAUUAUUUUGCUGACAGAUGGCCAGCCCACUUCUGGUGAGAGUAACGUGGAAGUAAUUCAAGAAAACAUUCAGAAAGCAGUCAAUGGCAAAUAUGCUCUUUUCUGCCUUGGCUUCGGGUUUGAUGUCAGUUAUAAGUUCCUGGAGAAAAUGGCCCUAAGCAAUGGGGGAAUAGCACGUCGUAUAUAUGAAAAUGCGGAUGCAGCCUUGCAGCUCCAGGGCUUUUAUCAAGAGGUGGCUACCCCAAUAUUAAUGAAAAUUGAAAUGCAGUAUCCAGAAAAUGCCGUUGAGGGAUUAACCAAGAACAAUUUCAGGCUGUUUUUUGAAGGAUCUGAAAUUAUAGUAUCUGGAAAAAUUAGCAAUGAGCUUGAUCUUUUGCCAGUAGAAAUUAAAGCUCAGUCACAUGCUAGUGACUUGACUCUUAAAGAAGAAGCAAAUGUCAAAGAGAAGGAGCAAGUAUUUCAAAAUCAAAGUUACAUCUUUGGAAAUUUCAUAGAGAGACUGUGGGCUUACUUAACCAUUCAACAGCUUCUGGAAAAAUCUAUUUCAGCACAAGAAGAGGAGCAGAAAACCCUGGAGGCGCAAGCCUUAGAGCUGUCUCUGCGUUUCAGCUUCGUUACGCCCCUCACCUCAAUGGUGGUCACCAAACCCGCUGGCCAGCAGCAGACGGAACUGGCGAACAAACCCACCGAAGCUGAUAAUGAGAAGCUCAGCAGUUUUCCAACAGGAGAUGCUUACAGACUGAGGAGUGGAUCACCUCCUGCCAACGAAUAUCCACAGCUCCUCUUGCAAUUACCCAAACAAAAUGAAAUAAUCUGUUUAAAUACUGAUGGAAAAGCACAGCCUUCUGUCCACCUGCUGUCAGAUCCAGAGCAAGGACUCACUGUGAUGGGGAAGCUCGGGGACAGAAUAAAUCACUUUGUGCAGUUUGAAAUUACCUAUGUGAAUCCCCCUGCACGAAUCCACGUCUCCACGGGUGAGAUUGUCCUAAGCCACAAUAACGAGAGCUCUCAGCUGCCGUGGACGAAGUCAGCCACCUCCACCAUCCAGGGGCUGAGAGUCUCAGUUGAAAAGGAAAGGAGUGUUACAGCAUCGUUGUCUGAUACAGUCACUGUAAAAGUUUCCUUUGUAAAGUUUCCAGAUGGUUUCCUUGGGCUGUAUUUCUUGAACACCGACCGUUUCUCUGACAAAGUCAGUGGAAUUCUGGGUCAAUUUUAUUCACAAGCACAAUUUGAGAAUAAUUCCAACAUCAAUCAGAGAGGUGACGAAAGACUCCUAAGCGUGUCAGGAUCUGAGCACAAAGUUACCAGGCAAUACAAGAAAGAUUACAGGCUUGAGUCAACCAGUGAUCCUGUUUCCUGCUGGUCAAUAGAUGUAACUCCCUAG